AAUUAUUGAAAGAUGCCUUAAAAAGGUUACGAGAGGAAAGGAAGGGAAUUUUCAAUAUUCACAAACAACUUAAAGGUCAGUGGAACAACAUGGAACAGAGGCUUCAAGAUCUAGCUUUAAAGUCCCGCGUUAUGACAACCUCUUCGUCGACAUCAUCUGAUGAAGAUGACAGGCCUGAGAGGGAUACUGCCCUGCUCCUCGGCCGCUCUCGUUACAGCGCCCCGUUGGAGCCACCCCGGCACGAAAGCCAUGAUUCAGAGUUGGACGAAAUUCUCAUCGACAUUCCUACCAUUCAAGCCGGAUCCAUAUUGGAUGUUACGAAUCCUGGCAAUCCAGGACUCCGGAUACCAGACACUCCUCCGCCCUUGCCACCAAACCACCCGAAGCUCUCCGAUUCUGGGAUCAGCAGUAAUUCGGCACUGGACUCGGAGCUGGACACGAGUGAUUGGCAUUACCCGGAUGUUCCCGUCCUGGAGAAAAGGCACAAUAGUGUUCGAGUUAGAUUUUCUGACACGACCACUGGCAUGAGACAAUUCUCCAAUGAUGUUCCUAGAGGCGCAGUGGUCUUGCCACCAGGGCAAAGCAAGAUAAAGUGCGCUGACAUUCUAGGCGUUCAAAACAUACCACCACCUCCUCUACUCAACAGACAGGAAUCUGCCAAAAUACCUCAACAGAAAUCAAACAAAAAGAGAUCUUUUUCCACGACAAGAGAAAGAAGCAAAGACAGGAACAAAUCCUUACUUCCUAGGUCUCUCCAGAAUAAUGAAAAAACGAAGAACAGUGGAAGUUUAGGAAACUUGACAGCUUUGUCCCCAUCCAACUUAGCAGCAACAACAAGUUAUGGAGCAUAUAACAGCAACAACAAGUUAUGGAGUAAGAAAAAUCAGAAAUUUCCUCCAAGACCAUCUUCCCAGAUAGGUAGUAGUCUGGAUGGCAUGAUUCAUCGAGAAAUAGCCAAGGCCAUCAGAGAUCGCCAUGCUCUCUUUGAUCCUUAAAGAAACUUUUAUGUUGAAGUAAUACAUAUAUACUAAAAAGGACUAGCAGUGAAAUUCACAAAAGAAAUCUUUGUGAAACAAUGAAACGAGCCCAAAAACAACUGAAUGGGUCAUCUUUGUUGAACUGAGUGGUAUAAAGAAAAGACAUUCUCAAGAGUUCAGAAUUAAUUUCUUACAUUGUGAUUCACAUUGGAAAUAGGAUUAUCGAUAUUUCUUCCUAAGUGACUCAUUUCAUAAUGUUGUUUCAAUUAAUGAAGGAAUGUAUUGGUGAAUUCCUCAGAAUUUGUUGCCAAUCUGUGUUUCUGAUUCGCGAUUAAGGUGAUAAUUUAUACUGAAUCCAACUUGAAUUGGAGAUAAGGUGAAAAUGCUUGCUUUUGCAUAAGUUCCUUUCCGAUAAAUCAUUUUUUGUGACAUCGAUAUUCACAGCAUAUUCUCAAGUGCUUUGUAUUUAUAAAUAGAAAGGAAGAAAAGUAUUCAUUAUGUAAGAUAUUUUUGAAUAUGCUUUAUACUCCGCUUCAGUAUCAUCCAGGCCUUUUUCAGGAAACUUCUUUAUAAUCAUAUUUUUGGAGUAUGGAAUUAUGUUUUUAUAGAUGGAUCGAUGAAAACUACUUCAAAAAUUACAUCAGGGAAUUUGUUUUACUUUAGGUGGGUAAAAUAACACAUUUUUAUAUAUUGUAAUCUGGUGCCGGUCAAGAUGCAACCGGUGCGAAAAUUAGCUUAUGCAUCCAUAUGUAUGUGUUGUUUUGUCUGGACUGAAUUAGGUAUUAAGUUCUAAAACGUUGUUCUGAAUAAUUUCGAUAUUUCUUUUAAAUUUAAAAUAGUUUAUAAUUUUCGAAUGUAGUUGCAAUAUUAUUAUUAUUGUUUUUGUUCAGCUAUCAAAACCUGUUCUAGUUUGAAAAAAAAAUCCCCUAUCAAAGAGCAAUAAACUAUAAUAUUUAAAAACUUAUUUUUAUAAUAAGUUUUUAAAUAUUUUAUUUCUUAGUAUUAAAUAAAAUGUCUAAGCUAUAAGCCUGCUUAAAUUUGGAACUUCUAAACUAAUUUAAAAUAAAAUAAAAAAAAUUGGAAACUAAAUCUUUGAAGCGCCAAAGCAUGAAAACAUUUUCAAAUUAAAGAAAUAAAAGUAAAAUCUUCGAUACAAUCGUGGAUAAAUGAUAUAGCAUUUUUAAAAGUACGUUGCUAUUAUGUUUAUACAUAUAAAUAUUAAAAAUAAUACACUAAUAUCUUAUAAUUUUUAAAGGUAUUCUGAAUUUCAUAUUUUUGGCUAUACCAUAUAUUUUUGGCCAAAACAUAUACUGCAGUGCAGUAAAUUUAGAAAAAUAGCGAAAUUACUAUAAUAACUGAAUAAGUUUGAUAUUUUCAAACACAAUGGAACUUGUAUUCAAAUAAAUCUAAGCUUUUUACAUAAAAUUUACAAUCAUUCUAAACUUCAGGAAAAUAAGGAACGCAAAAAUAUAUUUAUUUCAUACUUUUAUAAAAUAUUAAGCGAAAUGUUGUGCAGUUUGUAUCUAUAUUCUCAUAAUGUGCAAUCUUUCGCAGUUGCAAGAACUUUGCUUGGAUCAUUUACAAUUAGCUAUUGCUUUUUUACGACAAUGAUAAUUAUACGUUAAAAAAAGAAGCUAUUUAUAGGAUUAUUACAAAAUAUUUUGUUAAGAGGAUUAAUUUAAGAACUUCAAAAGGCUCUUUUAUGUUCACCAAAGUCUCUUCUUUUUUAAAUAUCUUUUCACAGCUCAAUUUUACCUUCCUUUGAGAAUUAUUUUAAUAGAUGAGAGACUUUUGAUAAUUUUUAACGAGAAAUGUUUUUUUGUAUCACUGUGUAUGUUCAUGGUUUCUUUUCCUUCUCUUGUUACAUCCUCAUUUUGAGGAUAAAACAGAGAAUUUGGGAUUUGUUCUGUUAACUUUAUGAUCAUAACCGCAACUGUGGAUCAAAUGCCAAGAAGAAAAGGCUAUCUUGGAUUGGAAGAUAUUUCGAACUUUAUUUUUCAGGUUGUGGAUAUACGUGAAAUUAAAAGUUCUAUUUGUAUUUUGAGAAAUAAAUUUUAUAAAUAUUUGUA